AUGAGCGCAUACGCCGCUUUCAAAGAGGAGGUAUUGGCGAGAGCUAAGGAGCUGCAGGUAGAAGAUGGUCUAAUUCAAUACGUCGACAACUCCGACAACGAAGAGGAUCUGGAGGCAGAGAGCCCCGGCCAAAAGUCAAUCGUGCUCAAUAGCCUAGGCGCAUCGCGGGAGCAAAGCCAGAAACCGGAGUUGGACGCCAGGCUCAGGAUCGAGGAAUCAAACUUUAUUCCGAACCAGUCGAAUAUGCAACUUGAACACGGCGCAGUCAAGGUGGUUUUGGAACAGGGGGAGUAUAUUUUGGUGCAAGGCCAUUUCAAACUUGAAGUUCUUUCGGGAGAUGUGAAAAUUGACAACUAUUUGAGACUCGGGCCUGGCUCGGGCUCAGACUCAGACUCAGACUCGUUUUACAGCUUCCUGGCGCCUCGCGGUCAAUCGGCACCGGUCAUUGCAAACUGGAAUGAAUCAGGGCCAGAUCCAGGUUCAAAAAGGGCAGAGAUUCGAUUAUAUGAUUAUCAUACAGGUAUUGAACACUUGAAUCAGCUGUAUCCAUUUUUGGAGAGCUUGUGCAUGCGCGGUGACCAGGGCGCGCUCGACGUCUUUCGGGAAUACACGUUUGAGAUAGUAUUGGGGAGAAACGAUGAUGUCCAAGGGUUGAGCUUGGACGAUCUGUGGGUCCGGUAUUUCCAGGAGCACGUCUAUUCCGGAGGAGGACACCUGCAGAAGUACAUGCUCAUUGGGCGGAAGAACACGGGCAAGUCGACGUUUUGCAAAUCCUUCAUGAGCUACCUUCUCUUGCACCGCAAGCAGCCCGUGGUUUACCUCGAGCUUGAUCCUGGCCAGCUGGACUUCUCGGACCCUUAUUGUCUUUCAAUGACCGUGGCGAAAGAGUUUGACAUCAGUUUCGACCGCGCAGGUUCAAUCGAUGUCUGGAACGAGUACUAUGGCUUCACUAGUCCCAUGGAAGCUCCGUCCAGGUACGUCGACAUUGUUAAAACAUUUUUCAGCAAAUACCUGGCAAACUUUGCUCCCAAGGGGUACGUUUUGAUCGUCAACACUCCCGGAUGGGUCAAAGGAUACGGCGUCGAGUUGUUGGGCCAAGUAUCAGACGUGGUGGAACCGACCUCAACGGUUUUCUUGACCAGCAUUGUUUCCCCCGAGUCGAUUGAGAAUGAAAGCUUGCUCUCCGGUUUAAAUUUGGACAAUAUUGACACGUUGCCAGCACACCGUGGCAAAGCGAAAGGUGCCCCUGUUCAGUCCCGGGCAUUUAAGCUCAUCCUGUACUUCCACCGUGACUGCAACGGAGAACUUGAUUUCCGCACAAAGUUGACGCACCGCUCCCCGUUGAAGUUGAGCUAUCAAGUGGGGGAAGCUGGCGCUGGGCUCUGCGCGGUAUCCGUUUUGAACUUCGAGGCGGGUCCGCAGUUUAAUCAUCUGAAUGUACCCUACUUGAUAGAGUCUUUGGUGUUUGGGGUAUACGCAAUGAACCACGAACUUAAGCCUAUGAAAUUUGUCAAGAAAGAUGUUGAGCACGGAAUCUUCCCCAAUGUGGUUGACUCAUCUCAGCUCGACAAAGUUCGAAACAAGACAUUUCUUGGCUUGGUCUUGGUCCACAGCAUCAACUCCGCGGAGCGUUACUUGAAUCUAUACGCACCGUUUGACGUCGCCGCCAGCAUGCAGAAAUCGUUGAGCAAUAGCGACAAGAUCAUCUUUCUACGAGGAAACGGCAGCAUUCCCACGUCGGAAAUGUACGGAUCCGGCGAGCCAGAAGCGACUAAUCAAACUGCAAAGCUGAAAGCGCAGAAACUAAAGAGAGUUGCCACUCCGUACCUCAACCAUGACGUGCCAGCGAGAAUCGGAGGUGUUUGGAAAGUGCGGCGAAAUAUAAUGAGAAAGAGCCACCAGCGAUUGUAA